AUGCCAUCCAAUCUCCCGUCAAGCUUUGCUUCGGCCGCCGCCGGCCAGAACGCGGCCCGUGAUGCGAGGGGUGGUCGAACUGAUGGAAGGGGAUCUGCUGGAGGCGAAUGGUCUCGGAGAGAUGGGCGCUCAGCCAACGGCACUCUGACCUUUCGUCGUUCCUCCACCACGCCCCUGAGCCAGUCUUCCAACCUUCCCCCUGCGAGUGAUAACGCUGUCCAGCCGCCAAGCGUCGAGGUGCCCGUCGCGCAACCCACAACCUACGAAGUUGGCCCUUCACGUUAUACAAAGGACGAUCUGCUCGAGAUGUAUAACUCCCAGCGCCCCGGUGGUAACCCCUCUCACCUAUUUAUUUCUGGCUGGGACCCAAGCAAUGGUGCUAGUGCUGGUGUAAGGGGCUGGGGGAAAAGCAACGAGAACCACGUGCCGCAGGAUCCCGGCACCUGUUGGGAUGCCAGCGGCGAGACAGCACCGAUAGGAUUACAAGGUUUCUCCCCGGAAGAGAGAGAGGCCUUCUCUACUGACAUCAACUCGCCACUGAAACCUCCCACACAGACAAAGGAAGUUCACCAGACUGCUGUUAACGGCCGCAAGCCUUCUCUUUCUCAUGCUCCAGGAGCUACCUUUGGAGUGAGCUCACCGUCAUCCGCUGUCCGACCCAGUACUCGUCGACGAGAGACUGUCGAUUCCAAUCCAUUCAGCCCCUCCUCUCUUGCGUCGCCGACUGCUACCAGCCGAUUUUCGCGGGAAGAUCCGCUCUGGUUCUCGCGAAAAAGUGGCGAUCUGAGAGAAUCAGAAAAUGACGAGCCCGAUACCGAGCAAGCUUCGCGUGAUGUUCCAAAGUUGCCAAUUGGUGGCCUAAUGCGAUCUAACACAUCGACUGGCGUGAGCAUGGGGUCGAUGUGGCCAUCUAGCGCAUCCGGUGCUGGUGGGUUUGGCAAUUUUGCCCUGCCCACGUCCCCAGCCGUUGGUGACAAACGACCUGGUGGUACUACCGGUGGUAGUCGACUGGCACAUUUGAUUCCCAAGGACAAUGCAGAGGGCGCUAGUACCAGCAAAUCUUCUGAAACUCAGAACCCUCUGGCGCAGCAGUCUUGGCGAACUAGGCCACGAACUGACACCGAUCCCUUUGGUGGCGACGAAGAAUUGUCUGGCAGUGCUGUUCUUGGAGGCGCGCAGGAUACUAGCUCGGGGGGGCCGCAACCGCCUAACCGAGCGGGAGUCUUGGGCACUCCAGUUAAAGGAUCCGCCGGGGACUUUGGCAUGUCUGGCCUGAACUUGGGCGGGCAAUCUUCUGGCGACAAUGGCCCUGUUAGCCCAUCAGAAACAAACCCUUACCGAAGCCCUCCAGUUGAACGCCAUGACCACGACGGACAAGAUUCGAGUGCCGGGGAUAAGACCCACAGCACUGGGCAUGAACAGCAGCCACACUCCAACUAUAGCACUCUCUCCCGGGGAUUUGCUGCGGCCUUUGAUGGGAGUGACCGCAGUCAGACCUCAAGCGUAGGUGCUAAAGCCUUUCUGUCUGGCGGUUGGCCGGCUCCAGCUGGCCCGUCUACCGGCACCCCUGACCGUGAGCGGUCGAACUUUGGAGGUGCUUUUGGCAGCUCUCUAUUUAGUCCUAUCGGUGAUAUACAAUCUCCCGGCCUUGGAAAUCUCGGAGGUGUGUUUGGGCCCUCCAACACCGGUAGUAUCGGUCGCGGAAGCAAGCUGGGAUCCCUCUUCCCCCCUGCUAUGCAAGCCCAAAUGCAAGCACAUGAGCAAGAAAGCAACCUCUCAGAUUCUCUGGGUGACCUUCGACAGAGUAACCCGCUCGGUGCCAUCGGUCGGGGUAACUUUGCCGUCCCAACUCGCGACACGGACAGUCCCAUGAGGUCCAACCGCGGGGUGUUUGAGGAGCUUUUCCCCUCUAGUGACAGCUCUAGAAAUCUUGCUGCCUUUGGAUCUUCAGAUGCUGGACAGCCCAACAUCGCUGCUACAGUACCCCAGUCAUUCACGCCUGUUAGCGGCGGUUUGCCAUUCGGAAAUGCUCAGGCUGGCGUAGAACACCCAUCCGCCCAGGUCCGCCAAAUGGUAAUGCCCGAUCGCAUGCGAUGGGUGUAUCUUGACCCCCAGGGGCAGAUUCAAGGCCCGUUCACGGGACUGGAGAUGAAUGAUUGGUACAAGGCCAACUUCUUUACCCCUGAUCUUAGAGUGAAAAAGGUUGAAGAUCCUGAGUUUGAGCCACUUGGUCAGCUCAUCAGACGCAUUGGAAAUUCUCGAGAGCCAUUCUUGGUGCCCCAGAUUGGAAUUGCUCAUGGACCUCCUAUGCAGAGCGGUCCAUUUGGACCCGGAACUGGAAGCGGAAUCAUUCCUCCUCUCAGCGGCGUUUUCCCAACAUUUGGCCGAACCCUUACGGCCGAAGAACAGAAUAAUUUGGAGCGCCGUAAACAAGAGGAGCAGUUCCUUAUGGCUCAACAGCGCGAUUUCAUGAUGCGGCAGCAAGCUAUGGCCAAGUUUCAGAUGCAGCCAAGCCUCCAGCAUCAUUCCAGUGCUCAUAGCCUCCAAAGUCAACCAAGUUUUGGCAGUAUGACAUCCCCUUUGGGAGUUCCUCAGCAGCAACAUCACCAGUUGCCGCAUCAACAGCCCAUCGGGGCCAUGGGAGGCCCGGGAGGCGUAUUUGAUAGUCACCCUGGCGCCAAUCCCGCUGCUAUCCGCGCUGCUAUGGGAAACGGCGAGCUUUUUAGGCCAGAAGACUUGGCUAACCUCUCGGCUAAUGAACGACAAAUGCUCGCAUCCUUGCAGGGUGAACCUACCGGUACUGAAUCUGGUGCGCCUCAGCCCAUUGGGACUCCGGGCGACGCAAGUCGACGAUACGGUCUACCAGAAGCUAACGAGCUCAAGGAGGACGAUGAAGGUUUCAAAGAUCGACUCCAAGAAUUUGAAGAACUCCGUGCCGAGCAUGACGCUGAGCAAGCUGCCGGGAUUCCCGCCGAUGAAUCCCAAGAGAGCUCCGUAAAGGUAGAAGAAACGACCGUCACGACCGUCACCGUCGAGCCGAAGAGCGAACCCGCUGCGCCUACUGGCAAAGCUAGCAAGGCAUCCAAGAAAAAGACCACGGUUGUUGAAGAGAGCUCGCUUUCUCUAACCCAGCAGGUGCAGAAGACUCAGGCCUCCGCAGCUGCGGCUGCCACUGCCCCCCCUCCUCCCCAGCCUACGGAGCCUGGAAUGCCAAUGCCAUUCCCUCCACCGGCUUCGACUACUCCUCUCCCGGCGCCAACCGCUCAAAGGGCCAGGUCUAAUUUGCCUGAACAGUUCAGCCGAUCGCAAACUGCAACCCCCGACGUUGUCGCCCAGCCUCCUCCUCUGGCCCCUUGGGCUAAAGAGCCCGGCCAGGAGGGACAGAAGGGCCCAAGCCUGAAGGAAAUUCAAGAAGCCGAAGCGCGUAAGGCUGCCAAAGCUGAAGAAGCCGCUGCCGCACUACGAAAGGCCGCGAUGGAACAAGAGGCUGCCCUGUUGAGAGAGAAAGAGAAGUCUGCCGCUGCCGCCGCCGCCAACGCUGGCCUCCCAGCGACAAGCACUUGGGGCCAGGGCUCGCCUGUAGCAUCCGUCAGCCCGUGGGCCAAGCCAGGGGCUACCAAAGCCAAGGGAGCUACUCCCGUCGCAGCAACCGGAGCAGCCGGAGCGAAGAAAACUUUGGCUGAAAUUCAGCGUGAAGAAGAAGCACGAAAGCUGAAGGCCAAAGAAGUUGCUAUCCAGGCUGGAGGCGGUGCUCCUAUUAGUACCGGCAAAAGCUAUGCUAACCUUGCCGGCAAGCCAAACCAUGGCCCCUCUCCGACAGUCCCCUCUCCGAUCAUUACUGCUGGAAGCGGCUGGGCCACUGUUGGGGCUGGAGGCAAAGUGAAGAGCCCAUCUACAGUCCCAUCUCAGCUUCAAAGCCGCUCAGGAAGCGCCAGCAGUGCCAAGCCUGCUGUAGCCACCCCUGUGAAACUGGCUCCCAAGUCAAUCAUUAGCAACACUAGCUCUCAGCCAGCCAAUGCGGCUAUGGAUGAGUUCAACAAGUGGGCGUAUAGAGAGCUUUCUCGAGGAAUCACGGGUGUCAACGAUAUCACGAGCUUCCAGGCAGACCUCGCCGUCUUACCCCUUGAUACAGGACUGAUUGCGGACGCCGUGUAUGCCAACUCAACCACAAUGGACGGACGGCACUUCGCCGAAGAGUACGUCCGCCGAAAGAAGCUGGCCGAAAAGGGCGUUGUAGAGAAGCAGACGCAGGCUGAAAGCAAGACGGCGAGCUCCGCCGGCGGUUGGAGCGAAGUAGCCAAGAAGAGCGGCGCCACUCAGGCUAGAGAGAGCGACGCAAUGCAGAGCGCUGAUUUCAAGGUUGUGCCUGGAAGGAAGAAGAGCAAGAAAUAA